AUGAACUCUCAGCCAAGUCGCCAACAAGGGGCAUUACCUGGAAAGCCAGAGCAAAAUCCCAAGGAAACAAUGAAAGCCAUCACCCUUAGGAGUGGAAAACAGCUACCACCAAGAACUCUCAUUAGAGAUAAUGAGAAGCAAGAUGGGGAGGUGGUCAUCAAUGUGGAUGAUGAUGUGGUUAUUAUGGAUGAGAAAACCAAUGAGGAGAUCUUGGAGAAAAUAGUUGAAGCAAAAGGAAAGGGUAAAAUUGGAGAAGAAAAGAAGGGGGAGAAUAAGAAUGAAGCUGCAACUUCAUCAAAAGGAGCUCUAUUCAAUCCUCCUCCCUAUGAACCAAAACUUCCUUUUCCCGGUAGAUUCAAGAGACAGCUUUUGGAGCAAUACAAGGCCUUAUUUGAGAAGCAAAUGAGUGAAGUUCAGAUUACUAUGCCCAUAAUUGAUGCCUUCAUGCUAGUACCUCAAUACAGCAAGUUCCUCAAAGAUGCUGUAACUAAGAAGAAGAAGGAGAUGGAAGGCAUGGUGGUUCUUACUCAUGAGUGUAGUGCUAUUAUCCAAAGGCUAACCAUCCCUAAGAAGCUUGAAGAUCCAGGAAGCUUCACUUUACCUUGUGCCAUUGGGCAAUUUGCUUUUGAGAGGUGUCUAUGCGAUUUGGGAGCAAGUGUGAGCCUUAUGCCUCUCUCCAUUGCUAAAAGGCUUGGCUUUACACAAUACAAGAAGUGUAGACUCUCUCUUGUGCUUUGUGGUGUUGGAGAUGGAUGA